AUGCCGCAGCAAGCAGACGAGCCGGACCUACAGAUGCUUGUUGAAGCCCUAGACCGGGUCUUCUUCCGCCGCUGCAUCGCCGGCCUCGGGGCGCUGCCGCACAUCGGCCGGCUCUACCUGGCCAGCCCCCACCUGCAGGAGACUCACAGCCGGCCCUUUGGGCCCCUGCAGGAAAAGGACAGCAUGGAUCGAUAUCUGCGCUAUAGCAAGCGCUUUCUCUGCUACUGCCUACGGGUUCGGACGCUUGAGCCGGCCGAGCUAGCCACACAGCACGCUCUUAUUCUUACCCCAAUGCAGCGAGGCCAGCUUGCAAGGCUUGCCCGUCGGCUCGAGCAGGCCGUGGCGGCAGGCUGCAGCUAUAGUAGCGGCAACAACAGCGAUGAGGACGAGGACGAUGAGGGCGGCUGUAGUAACAGUCAUGACAAUAGCAAGAUAAGAGCCCAGGUUGAAGAAGAGGUCCUACAGGCUUUAGCCAGCUUUUGGAUGCAGCGCCUUCCUGCCGACCCCUUUGCGAGCCCGCUGUGGCACUUUGUCGCCGUCCUGGGGAUCAACAAGCAAACCGGGCAGCUGCAGCCGGCCCAUCUAUUUACAGGCACUCUAGCCGGCCUCGUAUAUACAGGCCGAGCUGUUGUAGCCGAGGCGGCGAUCCCCAGCAGCCAGCGGGCGGCACUGACAGAUCUGCCCGAGCAACUGCAUGCAGCAAGAGAGAGCUGGCUAUGUAAGACCAGCUUUGCACCAAUGGGCUAUAUCUUGAGCCUGCUGCUCUACGGUCGGAAGAUUGCAAUGGAGACCGGCAGCCGGCUUGCAGUCUUGUGGAAUGCUGAAGGAACCCUGCUUUACUACCACGGUCAGCCUCUUGCAAUAGAUAGCAUCCGGCAGCUAACAGCCGGGCUUGAAGCUCGAGGCCGCUUUCUCAUCCCUCUAGCAGCUAUUCGCGACGAUCUGACCCAGACCCAGCGCGGCCAAUCCUUUAUGCAUACCAACGGCCUGCUGGGGCGGGAAAAGGAAAUACUCCAGAGCCUUGUGGCAGGCCCGCUGCAGAAGGAGUUCCUCGACAGCAAGGGCGAGUGGAAAUGGCCCCGGGUCCAGCGGUAUUUACAGCAGGUCAAGCACUUCCAAGAGCUGCUAUUAGUCCUCAUCCAUCUAACCAACCAGCCUCUUCGAGGGCCGGAAAUCACCGGGCUGCGGCUCGUCAACGGCAUCAAUCGGAACUGCAGCGUAUUUAUCAUCGACGGCAAGGUCGUCUUAGUCAGCCAGUAUCACAAAUCCCUUGCCCACUUCACAGCCCUAAGGUUAUCCCUCGGAUGCUGCCGGGCCGGGUUGGGCAGCUUCUGUAUGUAUAUACUUUACAUCCAGCCCUUUACAAACCGGCUCGAGAGCAGCCGGCUAGCCCUCCGCGAUAAGGUCUAUCUGCCGAGCAACUUUAUCUGGCAUCAGCACGAAAAGCCCGCGGAAGAAGCUGCUGAGAAGACUCAAGAUAUAGAAGUACAGAAAGAUAAAGAAGAAGAAGAAGGAGAAGAAGAAGAAAGAAAAAAAAGAGCAGCAGCAGCAACAGCUAGCAUUAAGACAAAAGCAGCUAGGGCUCACCCAGCACAAAAGAAAACAGUUCGAGGGAAGAAAAGGAAAAGCCGCCAAAGGAUCCGGCCUCUAGGGCUGCUACAGACAGCCGGCUCGGCCGCAGUUGGAGCCUUAGACGACCGGCUCCUCCUGCAGACUCUACGGCAGGCCCUGCAGAAUCCGGCAGCCGAGUUCCGCUCAGCAGCACAGAAGGAGGUGUGAACGGCUCUAGUAGCUGGAUUCCAGCUAUCUAGUCCAGGAUGCUAUUUACAUCAAAGAUGAAG